UUCCCAUUGCCUGACUAACGACGACACGAAUACGAAUAAGAAUAUUAAGUUAAAAAAUAUUUUAGCACGCAUACGUAAAAAUAAAUACAAACAAAUGCCAAAUUCCCAAAUUCAAGCGAAGAGACAGGUCGAGUGGAAUCGUGUUGCUCAUGCGAUGUAGCCAUAUCAUUAUCUGGCCAAGAACGAGCAGCCGCGUUGACCAUUCACAACAUCCCAACCGAGCAUUGACAAUUGAGCAACCAAUUGAAGAUGAUACGACUACGCAAUACUUUGCUGCUGCUCUUGCCGCUGUUCUGGUUAUUUUUUGACCCAACUCUGGCUCAACGGCGAAGCUACACAUCAACCUUCGCAUCUCCUGCUGACACUGAUUCGCGUCGUCCGGGAUCUGGACGUCCUCCUGGCGGCCUGCGUCCGGUGCGCACUGUGGAGACGGUGAACCGUUGGCAGCAAUUGGAGUACGGCUUUGCCAAUCCGCAGGAUCGUCAGCAGGCCGAAGCCGCCGGCAAUUUGGUGCCAGAGAAUGGCACUCCCAUUGAUGUGCAGCCCCAUUAUUUGCCCAACGGUCAGGCACGCAUCUUCGUUACCAUUCCACGCUUUGUCACCGGUAUUCCAUACACUUUGGCCACCGUUUCCGAUGAGCAAGCGAAUAAUGGACCGCAAUUGCAGCCGUAUCCGAACUUUGCCUGGCACAACAACAACGGCGAUGACUGCGAUCGCAUUACCUCCGCCUUCCGUGUAUCCAUCACGGAGUGCAAUCAGAUGUGGGUCAUUGAUUCGGGCAACAUUGGUGGCUCGCAGCUCUGUGCACCACAGUUGCUGCAGUUCGAUUUGAAUACGGAUACUUUGCUGCAUCGUUUCCGUUUCCCCAAUGAGACGUAUACUUCGGGUGCCUCGCUCUUCAUUGCCCCCAAUCUGUUGGUGCAGGAUCCGCCACCGCGUGGCAACUGUGCACGCACCAUGAUCUACGUGCCAGACGUCAGCUAUCACGGUCUCGUUAUCUACGAUCACAGCACGAACGCUGCUUGGCGUGCCGAGCAUCGUUUCAUGUAUCCCGAUCCCGAUCAUGGCCUGCACACCAUUGCUGGCGAGAGCUUUACGCUGAUGGACGGCAUCUUUACGGUUAACAAUGAUAAGCGUAAUCUCUACUUCCAUCCGCUGGCCAGUGUUAGCGAGUAUUCAGUGCCAUUGGAUGUGCUGAAUAAUCGCGCGAAUUGGGCAAACGGUGUCGAUGCCAUGGCCGAUCAGUUCAAGCUGCUGGGCAGGCGCAAGAGCGAGUGUGCCACCUCAGCCUUGGACAGUCGCAGCAAUCUGUACUGCGUCGCCUUCAAUCCCAUCAAGUUGUUUGCUUGGAAUGUCAACACACCGUAUACCACACGAAAUUUUGGCAAUCUGCCAGCCAAGGCCGAUGAGUUGCAGUUUGUCAGCGGCAUGAAAGUUGUGCGCAAUAAUGGCGGCCAGGAGGAGCUCUGGAUGCUCUCCAAUCGUUUUCAGAAAAUUGCCGCUGGCACAAUAAAUGCCAACGAGGUGAAUUUCCGCAUAUUGCGUCGCCCACUUGAUGAUAUUCACAGCGGCGUAUUCUUUGCCAGCGAUGAUGAUCUGACCAAUCGUCUGAUUUUCACUUAGUCUCUAGUCUUUAUACCAUUUUAAUCGCAUUUAGUUAACCCAAUAGGAUGGAAUCAAUAAAAUACACCAUAAUAUUAA